UAGAUUCAUGAAAUUUCAUCAGCCUCGACGACCGGACCUGACCGCUCCGGAUUCGACCGCUGUGUUAAACUUCGUUUUGAUUUGAGUUUGGAGAGCUUUCAAGUCCGUAUCAGAGAGACGAGGCCAUGGAGAACUGGUUUCAAUGGAAGCUUUUCCCUCUUCUUGCGCUACUCGCUUCUUAUUUGCUCUUUAUCUACGUCCAAAGCUAUACCAAGAGUUCACAAGACAAAUGUAGUUUGCUACCUCAGCAGCAUUAUUGGAUAAGUAGCAAGCGCAUUGUGACACCCCAAGGCAUUAUUUCUGGAGCAGUUGAGGUUAAAGAUGGGAAGAUUGUGUCCAUAGUGACAGAAGUGGAAAAGCUUUGGAAAUCAGAACUACUGCAAAUAAUUGAUUAUGGAGAUGCUGUUGUUAUGCCCGGCUUAGUUGAUGUGCAUUCACAUCUUGAUGAUCCUGGAAGAGCUGAGUGGGAAGGCUUCCCAUCAGGGACUAAAGCAGCAGCUGCUGGUGGUCUAACAACAUUGGUUGACAUGCCUCUAAAUAGUAUGCCCUCAACUGUGUCUAGAGAUACCUUGAAACUUAAGCUUAAAUCGGCACAGAACAGAAUCUUUGUCGAUGUUGGUUUCUGGGGUGGUCUUGUUCCUGAAAAUGCAUUUAAUCCAUCUUCUCUUCAAGAUCUUUUGAAUGCUGGUGUUCUUGGUUUGAAGUCUUUUAUGUGUCCUUCAGGGAUCAAUGAUUUUCCCAUGACAAAUGCUAGUCAUAUUAAGGAGGGACUAUCUGUACUAGCAAAAUAUAGAAGACCUUUACUUGUACAUGCUGAGAUUCAGAAAGACCUUGAAACCCCAAUGGAACUUGAUGAUGGCUCUAACGAUCCUCGGUCUUAUUCGACCUAUCUCAAGACUCGACCGCCUGCAAUGGAGGAGGAAGCCAUUAAGGAACUCUUGACAGUAACAAAGGACACAAGAGUUGGUGGCUCUGCAGAAGGAGCUCAUCUUCACAUAGUGCACUUGUCUGAUUCAACUUCUUCUUUAGAUCUCAUUAAGGAAGCCAAACGCAGUGGCGAUAGUGUAACGGUUGAGACUUGCCCCCAUUACUUAGCUUUCUCAGCAGAAGAGAUUCCUGAUGGAGAUACACGCUUUAAGUGCGCUCCUCCCAUUCGUGAUGCAGCCAAUAAAGAGAGACUAUGGCAAGCCUUAAUGGAAGGACAUAUUGACAUGUUGAGUUCUGACCAUUCGCCUACAGAGCCAAAACUUAAGCUUCUUGAUGAUGGUAACUUUUUGAGGGCUUGGGGUGGAAUAUCAUCUUUGCAGUUUGUGCUUCCUGUGACAUGGACAUAUGGGAAAAAAUAUGGAAUAACUUUGGAGCAAUUAGCUUCAUGGUGGAGUGAGAGGCCUGCAAGGCUUGCUGGACUAGAAUUGAAGGGAUCCAUUGAGGUUGGAAACUUUGCAGAUUUUGUUGUGUGGGAACCUGAAGUGGAGUUUGAACUCACUCAAGACCAUCCUAUAUACAUUAAACAUCCUGGAAUCUCAGCUUACAUGGGAAGAAAGUUGUACGGAAGAGUUUCGUCAACUUUUGUGAGAGGAAACCUUGUCUUCAAAGAGGGGACUCAUGCCAAUAGUGCUUGUGGUGUUACAAUAGCGGCAACAUAGACUUUUUAUAACAUUAUUACUUGGGAAUAUUAUAUUAGUAAUUGUUGGUAAUGUAAAUGUGUAUAACACCAAAUAUUGACUGUGUCCUUGUUCAUGAAUUAAGUUCUUAUUAUAUAUUUGUAAGAGGAAGUGAGGCAGGGACUGAGUCUUUUCAAACUGACCAACGUUUCCUCAGCUUUAUUACAAAGGUGAAUUGAUAAGAGCUUAAAUCUACUUUGUAAACUCCAAUUUUGAUAUAUCUCAGGUACCAAUUCUUUUGCUGA